AUUAAUGAUUGGAAAAUAUGAAGUGUUUUGUUUCUUUCCUCUGAUGAGUGUCACUGUGGUUUAAGACACUUCUACACUCUAAGCCAGGUAGCUAAAUAGAAAACAAACAAAUGCUCUAAACAUUUCUAUACUGAAGGCUGUCAUGAGUCUUACCAAACAAGUCCCUGCUUUUGAAUAUGGAAUGGUUUCAAAAUAUACCAGCAUUAUGAUUGUUAUUAUUCCAAAUGUGAUAUUUUUCUCCCCAUCUUUGUGGGGCACCAGGUAGGAACAAUGGAUGGCUGCAUUUCAUCUCAUUGCCCUGGUAAGGCAGAACAGGGAGCUAAGGAGGCCCUGAGGCCCCCCAGUGAGCUGUUCGGGAAGUGCAGAAGGCUGCAAAGCUGGCCAAGACUUGCCAGGUGGCUGCAGACUGGAGCGUCCAUCCAGGCAGCGCCUGAACCAGAUCCAGGCAAGUGGGCCAAGUCCUGGAGGCUGUCCCUGGGACCAGAAGGUAUGGCCAGAGGGAAGCAUGGAUUUAAAUUCCAGGGCAUAAGACUAAAGCUCAUCAUAUCUAAGAAGAAGGAGCUGAAAAUGACUUUUUAUAAAUGCUUGAAGGACACUGUCUCAUACCGAAUCAUAUGUAGUAACAUUUAAGAAGGGCCUGAUUGUCGUUUCUGUGCCCUGUGGAGCACAUUUGACUUCAAAGGCAGCUCCGUGGGGCGCAGGGAGAAAGGAGUGUGCUUUUAUUUCGAAUUUUGG